AUGGCCGAGAAAGAGAAGCACAAGGAGGAGAAGUGGGAGAAGAGGUGUGCCUUCGAGGAGCGCAAGAUCGCCCUAGAGGAGCAAAAGAGGAAGGAUGAGAGGACCGCUGAGGAUGACCUGCUCAUGAUGAUGAAUCCGGAGGGCAUGGAUGCAAUGACAAGAGAAUUUUGGGAAUUGAAAAGAAUGGAGAUCAUGUGCCAGAGAAAGAUGGAGCUUCAAAAUAUUAUGGCCGGUGGUGGUGUUGGGUUUGGAGGGUGUUUUACUUUCGGCAAUGUUGGUGGUGGCGGCUUCGGCAUGGGUGGUGGAGGGUUCGACAAUGGUGGUGGAGGUGGGUUUGGAGUUGGUGGAAGGUUCGACAUCGGGGGUGGUGUUUGCUUCGGCAAUGGUGGUGGUGGUGGGUUUAGAGGUGGUGUUGGUUUCGACAUUGGGGAUGGUGGUGGUGAAGUUUUUGGCAAUGGUGAUGGAGGUGGGGUUGGUGCUUCGGCAAACCAUGUGGAUGGUGCUGGUCAUCCUCAUUCUCCGGACUAA